AUGUUGAGCUUUUGGGUCCUUCUUCAGAUUCUUUUUUGCGAGUCAGUUGUUGCGUGGAUUAAUGGCGAGAGCGCGACUGGGCCCACUGAAUCAUCCGUUGUUGAUCAGUGCGAGUACUGGGCGAACGACAUUGGAUCAAGCGACAGCUGCGAGUCCAUUGAAGCCUACUUUGGGAUCACGAGGGCGCAAUUUCGAUCUUGGAACCCAGAUCUGUCACUGUCAUGUAUCAUGACUCGUGGAAGGAGCUACUGCGUCGCAGGGCCCUCUUCGGUGACAACAUCUACCACAAUCACUGCAACUACCCGGACCUCCGAUCAUCCAGGCACUAUCACAUACUCCGGUAUAGUAGCUCCCACGCAAAAUGGUGUCACCUCAUCCUGCACCAAGUAUCAUCUAGUGCAACUGAGGGAUACCUGCUACACCAUUCAGGAUGAAUAUGGCAGUUAUACUCUUGAGCAGUUCUAUUCAUGGAAUCCCUCUAUUGGUGAGGGAUGCACAGGUAUACAACCGGGUUAUUAUGUCUGCGUGCGCACUGAACCCAAGUUUACCUCUGUUUCUGCGACGCCCACUCCAGCGUCCCCUACUGCGAAUCCGAGCAAUAUUGGUAAAGGCUCUUCCGCGUCAGAUCACCAACCACACCAACAGGUAUCCCCGGAAAAUGCAACAAGUGGUACUCUCGCAGUGUCUAGCAUUCAUAUGUUGAUGUGGAGUAUUAUAGUUACUUCAAUGCUUUUUCUUUCCCAUCCGUUGUUUUCCACCAUCCUUCCAUUCCUCUAA